AUGACUCUCAAGACCCUCAGCGCAAAGGCUGCUGCCGCCCUGGACCAGGAGCUCAUGAGCACCUGCGCCUUUUCCCUAGAUCAGCUCAUGGAACUGGCCGGCCUUUCCGUUUCCCAAGCCGACGAACUAAGUCAACAUGCCCGUGAUGCAGUCUAUCGCGUUCACCCCCCAACCAUGGGGCGCAGAGUUCUCGUUGCUUGUGGCCCUGGGAACAACGGUGGCGACGGUCUUGUUGCCGCUCGACAUCUGUUCUACUAUGGCUACCGCCCAUCCAUCUACUAUCCCAAGCGGGGCAAGAAUGAAUUGUAUCAGCUUGAGGAUCUUCAAGUCCCGUUCGUCGAUGAUUUCGUAUCCGCAGCGGAAGAAGCUGACCACAUUGUUGAUGCCAUUUUUGGUUUCAGCUUCUCCGGUGAGGUCAGAGAGCCGUUUCCAGCCGUAAUAGAGGCCCUCCAGAAAUCAGAGAAGCCCGUUACGUCGGUAGACGCGCCAUCGUCGUGGGACAUUGAGCAAGGGCCACCCAAAUCGGGCGUGGGUAGCUCUUUCAUGCCUGCAACUCUCGUUAGCCUGUCUGCCCCGAAGCCGUUGGCUAAACACUUUACGGGACGCCACUUUGUUGGCGGCCGGUUUGUGUCGCCUGCGAUUGCUGAAAAGUACAAUCUUCAGGUACCGGAGUACGAAGGUGUGGAUCAGGUUGUCGAAGUCGACGUGACAGGCGAAAAGCUCUGA